UUGUGUUUGAACGUGCAGCGGGGAAACAUGGAGUAGCCUCGAUGCGUCGUCUUUUGUGAUUAACUUACUCCAAUUUGCCUGAAGGAGUCAGCAUUAAAAUACCUCGAAUUGGACGGAACGGAUAAUGUUGACGCGAGUGUGUGGCGGCGGACUUUGCAUUUGACAUAACAUUCUCCGUGGGUGAUUAUUAGCCCAGCUAGUAGCUAAACGUUGUGUAAGCUAGCUGUUAAGUUUCACAUUUACCCAUGUAUGGCGCCCAUCUACGUUAUUUUACUGCGGAAUAACAACAGGACGCUUCUUUGGGGAUUAAAAUGCCUAUUCGAGCAGUUUGUACAAUUUGCGCCGAUUUCUUUGAUCCCUUCAAAGAUGUUGCUGCCAUCCACUGCGGCCACAUUUUCCAUCAUGACUGCCUCCUUCAGUGGUUCCAAGCAGCGCCUAUAAAGUCAUGUCCGCAGUGUAGGAAGCAGGUCAGCAGCAGGCAUGUUAUUAGCAGGCUCUUCUUCAACAUUCCUGCAGACGAAGAGUGUUCAACAGAUCCUGAAUACUUGCAGAAUGAACUUGGCAGGCUAAGGGUCCUUCUAAGUUCUAAAGAAAAAGACUGGCGGGACAAACAAAAAAACGUGGAGGCUCUUAAGGACACUGUGGACAAGCAGGGGAGAGACUUGGACAGUUUGAGGAAAGACGUUGUAGAUAAGGAGAAGUUGUGUUCUGCUCUCAGAAAACAAAUGACCUACCUGGAGACUCAACAUAAUGACACCCAGGCUGUUAAGGAGGAGGCUCGCAGACUGAGGACCAAACUGAAAACCUAUGAGAGCCUGAAUGUUUUAUUACAAGGUCAAAGAUCAGAAGUGGAGUCCAUGAUUACAGACAUGGGGGUUAGUCAUGCUGCUGUGGAGCAGCUCUCCAUCUACUGUAUCUCUCUCAAAAAAGAGUAUGACAACCUAAAGGGAAGCCUAAAAUCUUCUAACGACGCAUGCGAGAGGCUGAGGAGGGAAGUGUUCACUUCCAACAACAAGUUCCAAAAAGCCUCAAUGGCAGUGAAUCAAGCGAAAGAGGACAAGGAGUCUCUGCAAAAGGAUCUGGAGGGUGCUGACAAAGAGAUCUCUAGUCUGAAGAAGAAGGUGGAGUUCCUGCAGAAGUCUCUGACUACGCCAACACGGACCAACGAGGCACUCAGUCGGCUGGUCUUUGAGAGCCCGGCUCCUAUAGAGCUGAAACCACACCUCCACCAGCCUGUGGAUGGUGAGGACGUUGACCUGAACAUGACUUUUGACCUAAAGACCCCAGAUGAUGUGACCAAGAGACCAAUGAAGGCCCCAUCCAAGAAGAUGCUUUCAGACCAUCGAUUGUCAUCCGUCUCAAAACACAAAGAGAAGGCGUCGUCGUUAAGCAAGGUCCGAAAGGAAGAUCCUUUUUUGAGGAACUCCCUCCUCUUCAGGAAGAAGACUUUUGGGAGCAUGUUGGACCCUCAGAGGAAGCUUGGAGCUGUGAAAAGUGGUUAUGAUGGAUUAGGAGGACGGACCAAAUUCUUCCAACCUGUAUCCUUCCGUUACUUGCUAUGGCAGUCGCUAACUUUAUUGAACGGAAAAACACCAUUUUUGUUGGCAAUUUGUUCCUUGACCUGGCCUUCCUACGCAGUCCCCAUUGGCAGAGAUCCGCCCACUGAUGAAAGCUAAAAAGAAAAAGGUGAGCAGGCCCCCUCCCAAGGCGACGACCUGCCUGACGCUGGACAGCUUCCUGGAAUGAGGGAGUCACACAGCACGUAUGAACAGGACUCUUUCUCAAAAAACACUUUUUUUUGAGACAUUGGAACAUUUUAUGUUUCAACCGUCAGACAAUCUUUUCUGACGUUUUGUUUUUUGCGUGAGAAUGAAUUCAUGUGGUUGAGUCGGAAUUAUGAAAAAUGGUCACUUUUUCACUUAUUUAAAAUCCGCUGUAUGGUAGUCAAAAUGUUUUAGUUGAUUGAUCCUAUCAAAUGGACAACACUUAAAUAAUAAAGAGUACUUUUUUUUAAA